UUCUCAUUCGAUGCUUCCUAGCUUCCAUUCUCAAAUUGCUUGCUGGAUACAGUGUACCUGCACGACAUGACAACAGCCUUCGGAACUGGCAGGAUAAUCUCAUCAGCGCAACAAGUUAUUAAAAAGUGAUCCGUCAAAGGAAUUGAAGAUAGCAAGCUAGGACAAGAACAACAAUAACAAGAUCAGAGAUGCCCAAUUGGGACGGAAUAGAAGAUGUUUCUUCGGAGCCACUACGGGUGUGGUUUUCCCGGAUCAAGGAUACAGAUGAUUGGCUGCCUCUGCGAAAAGUGGAUUGUUUUGCCCUCAAUGAUUCUGCCGAAGGUGUCACUUCCGUGAUUGUCGAGGGAGGUCGUUCGACUGCCGACAAGGAGAAACUGAUUAUUACCUCCAAUUUCCAUCGAGCACCGGAUCGCAUGCUGGCAUCGGCCAUUUGGUUUGUCCGCAAAGAAGCCAACUCCAAGGACAAGGUGACCAACUUGGUGCCCAUUUUUGACUGGACAGACUCGCAAAGGAUUGAAAAUCUCUAUCAGGUGGCCGUGGGAGCCACAUCGUCGUUUGGGCCAGGAAUUGACAAGGUACUCAAAGAAGAAGUGGAAUUGUCGGACAAGUCCAAAGUGUCCGUUGUCCAAUCCCACGGAGGAACUGUACUGAGUAUGAAAAAGAAACCAGAAGGAUGGCUCGUCAGUAGAGAAGACUUGCAACGAGGAUACGGGCUGUACACUGUGGAGGGCGAAGACAAUGAGCGAAUGCUGGGACCUCUCAAGCACCUCAUCUUUGUCGUUCACGGAAUUGGCGAAGCCAUUUGGUCUCGCGAAGAUACAUCCAUGAGCAGUCUACGCGAAGAAUGCAAUCGCAUGCGAAUAACCGUACAAACACGACAAAUUGAAGAGUGGAGGAAACAGUGUGAAAAGGCCAAAAAGGAAGGCAAACCAAUUCCAACCAUGCCCGAUCGAAUCGAGAUUAUACCCAUUGAAUGGUACGAUCGCAUCCAUUCCUCGUCCAGUUCACUCUCCAAAUCGUUAAAGGCGACAACGUUGCCCACUAUACCGGCACUACGGGGAAUUGCCAAUGAAGCUGUCUUUGACGUUCUCAUGUACAUGACUCCGGGAUACUGUCUGCCAGUAUUGGAAUGUGUCACUGCGCAGAUCAACUCGUACUACGAAAAGUUCUUGGAAGUACACCCACGAUUCUUGCUCGAUGGUGGAAAAUGUAACUUGGUCGGACACAGUCUUGGUUCGGUUAUUUGUUGGGAUUUGCUGUCCAUUCUGAAAGAUUUUGGAUUUGGCGACGACAACUACACUACAACAAACAACAGCACAACCUCCGUGCCAAGACAACCCCUUGGAGGAGAAGGAUCCACGAGACAAUCAUCGGGUGGUGUGAAUUUUACAAACAAUGGCGAAACCGGCGUUGGUCUUGGGUUUGAGACGUACGGAACAAAGAAGGCAGAAGAGGAAAAAGACGUCCAGCCACAAAAUGGCACAUGGGGGCCCACACUACCCGACAAUCUCAAAGAAACCCUGCCGUUCAUCCCCGAGAAUGUUGUCUUUCUGGGAAGUCCACUCGGCAUGUUCUUGACGUUGCGAGGGGCCCAUCCAGUCUUCAACGACAUGCGCAAAGAACUCGAUGAGCAAGUGCGGAGAAAAGUGGCUGCCAAGGAAAACAACGAAACCAAUCCACAAAUAAUGGACCAGGGGGAGGAGAGUGCACCACCGCCGGCAUCCAGUACCGACGAGGAGGAAGAACUAAAACUCCCGUACGCAUCCCCGUUCAGUUUCCCAAUCAAUGGCGGCUUGUACAACAUCUUUCACCCGUCCGAUCCGGUGGCCUACCGAAUCGAACCACUUUUGCUCCCACCCGAAAUGGAAGCCGAAGAGUUUCCAAAUCCAGUGCAUGUGACGGUACAAGGUCAAGGCGUGCGAUUUCAUGUCAAAGCUCAACAGAUUGGGGACGAGAUUGGUAAGGUUCUGGACGGAAGGAGGGGAACUUUUGCCACGUUCAUUCAGCAAUCGCUGUCGGCAUUGGGAAAGCAUGGCGAAGUCGAGAUCCGUGCCAUUGAAGCUGAAAAAAGCAAUAAUAUACCCAUGGGGCCGCAAGUGUUCCCUUUAGGAGGCAAGAGCUCUCGUGUCGACUAUCAGCUGCAACGUGGGGUAGUCGACAAUGAAUACAUCUCUGCUGUCAUGGCGCAUUCCUCGUACUUUGUCAACACGGAUGUUUUGGACUUUUUCAUUGAUUUGGCAGGACCGUUUCCUCCAGGUGGUGAAGAGCCUCCCAAGGAAGAAGAUUCAGGUGGUCGGAUGAUACAGCCCAUGGAUCUUUGAUCUGGCAUCAACCUACCCAGCUAGAGAAUGCAUUUUUUGUUGCAUGUCGAUAGCCUAACUAAGGCACAAAUGAUGAUCACUGACUCGCUCGACUGUCACUCUGCAUGUACUGGCUAGCUAGACUACCGGUACCCGUGCGGUAAGCGUAUACCUUCCUUUUCUCGCAAUCAACCGUCGAGCACUUUUGGGGUUGUGGGAUGUAUCUCUGGCACCCAAACCAUGCAUUAGGCAUACCAAGUAGAGCCGGAACCAAUGUUAGCAAGGUUGGAGUAGUGAAGUUAGUAGACUCAGGAUUGCAACAGAUCAUGUUUCACACUGUUUUCAAAACCAGGAUGCCUGUGCACAUUCACUGGUGAG